AUGACGUCAAACAACUCGGAGUCUCUCAAUGUAUUAUUUAAGAGGGAUCAAGAGUUACCCAUUCUCGCACUGAUUAAGAAUAUCCGUACGAAGCUGCAGCAGUGGUUUCACAAUCGACGUAGGGAAUCACAUAAUUGCACGAGCAUGCUAGACCCAGCACAAGAGGUAAAGCUCUUCAAGGCUGCUGAGGCUGCGAGAAAAUUAAAUGUUGAACCACUAGACGAGUCGUGCUUCUCUGUGGAAUGUGCACGUCAUACGGCAUAUAUGGUAGAUUUAAGUGAUGGAACAUGCACUUGUAAACAAUUUCAGUUAGAGAGUUUUUCAUGUGAGCAUGCAGUUGCGGUGGCUAUGUAUCGAGGAUUUGCAGCAAGAACAUUGUGCUCUCCUUACUACAUUGCUGAAAACUGGAAAGCUGCGUAUGUUGAAACCAUAUUUCCGCUUCCAAACGAAGUCGAGUGGGAAGUUCCCGAUCAUAUUCGCCCGUUCAAUACAUUGUCGCCACCUCUCAUUGAACCACAUGGUUCUGGACGUCCAAGUACUUCCAGAAUAUCAUCUACUGGAGAGUUUUUCCGACCGCGUAGGUGGAGCAGAUGCAAAUCAGUAGGACAUAUUCGCUAA